CUCUGCUAGUUUCAACAGAGGCCCAAGACACCCCUGUCUCCCAACUGUUAUGCUGUCCGCAAUACAUGUUUGACCUCUGUGCUUUUACAAGCAGCCACACUUUUCAUCAUGCAGUGGCGACGGCGACAUUGCUGCCCUAUCAAGAUGACCUUGAAUAUGAAACGGUCACUUUUUCGUACCCAUGUGUUGGGUCUGCUGUUGCUGGUCCUAAUCUUCACCAUCUUUCUUAGCUUUCAAGACUGGCUACCGAACAGACCCAGACUACGUGACAACCCAGUUGCCUACACAAUGCGGGGUUUACAUCCCCCGAAGGAGCAUGCUGAGGGCAAUUACAGCUCACUGCGAAGCCUUUUCAAGGAGUCACUUUAUAUUCCUCCUAAGCCACCAGUAAACUUAAGCUCUUACCAGUCUGGAGUUUCUGCCCAAGGUGUAGCAGGAUUGAUGGCAUCUCUGAACAGUAGCCAUACAAACACUAAUACCUUGCACAGAGAAAUGGGUGUGGGAGAGCAGCUGGCACCUCAGCCAUACCCCUAUGUACUUAAUGAGCCUUACAAAUGUCAAGAGAGCAGUCCCUUUCUUAUUUUGCUUAUUGCAGCAGAACCACAGCAGGUGGAGGCCAGAAACGCUAUCCGGCAGACAUGGGGAAAUGAGAGCAUGGACAUGGGUCUGGGAUUUGUGCGGCUCUUUCUUUUGGGCAUGCCCAGUGGUCCUAACGGCUACCCUCAGAGUGCCAUUAGGGAGGAAAGCCUGCAGCACCAUGAUAUCAUACAGCAAGAGUACAUGGACACUUAUUACAACCUCACUAUCAAGACACUAAUGGGCAUGAACUGGGUUGCCAGGUACUGUCCACAUGCCAAGUAUGUCAUGAAGACUGACAGUGACAUGUUUGUCAACACAGAGUAUUUGAUUCAAAAGCUGCUUAAACCAGAAAUGCCAUCUCGACACAACUACUUUACCGGCUACCUAAUGCGAGGGUAUGCACCAAAUCGCAACAAAGAUAGCAAGUGGUACAUGCCUCCAGAGCUCUAUUCAAGUGAGAGGUACCCUAUAUUCUGCUCUGGGACAGGUUACGUAUUUUCAGGAGACAUGGCUAGGAAGAUCUACCAGACCUCUUUAGGCAUUCGCCGUCUACAUCUUGAGGAUGUCUAUGUUGGUAUCUGCUUAGCAAAACUGCGCAUCGAUCCAGUGCCACCGCCAAACGAGUUCCUCUUCAACCACUGGAGGGUGGCGUAUUCCAGUUGCAAAUAUAGUCAUCUUAUCACUUCCCACCAGUUUCAGCCUAGUGAACUCAUCAAGUAUUGGAACCACUUGCAGAGCAACAAGCACAACGCUUGCAUUAACAUGACGAAAGAGAAAAGUGGCAGAUUACGUCACAGGAAACUGCACUGGGACAGGCUUGGGCGAUGACCACAAGCCGAAUCUCAGGGUACGGCAGUAUAUUAGAAGCAUGUGUGAAAUUCAGCAGUUUACUAUUAAAAAAGAGCACAUUGUUUUUGUGAUUAUGUACAGUUAAUUAAAAAGUAUUUUUUUAAUUUGAUAGAUGUUAAGUAUUGUAAAUCUGUUUUCCUAUUUUUCGAGGGAUGUUAAGUACAUUUAUGUGCAAUAUAUAGCAUGCAAUACAGGUGAAAUCAACAUUUUCAGGUGCCAACAGAAAUUACCCAUUUUAAGUUUGUCACAGCUUCUUUCUAAUAUAUAUUAAAUGUAAAACACAUGAUUAGUGGUAAAUUAAUAACAUGCUGCAUUUAGUUAUUUAAUAUGGAUGCUCUUACACUACUGACAUACUUUUAUGAAUGCAAAUAAUUUUCACUACUUAAGUCUACCUUAACAUGCAAGUGGUUUACAAAAAAAACAAGCCAAAUCACUUACCAUUAAUGUAUAUAAAACUGAGUACAUGACUUACAGUUGUUAUGUCAGAGAUGAUUAAGAUUGUAUUUUUAAAGAUUUACAAUUACUUAUUGUUUGCCCACCAUUGGGUGAAA